CCGCCCCUGACGAGAAGGACUCGCCUCCUGGUGUACUCUGGUACUGAACGUUCAUCAGCAGGUUCAGAUCAACAUCAUACCGUCAGAGAGGCCGAUCACACUGUAUCACGUUCUGUCUGUUUUAGACGAAAAACCUGAGUGAUCUGAACCAACAUGCCGCUGGCCAAGGAUCUGAUGCACCCCAGCGUCACUGAGGAGAGGAGGCGACACAAGAAGAAGAGGCUGGUGCAGAGUCCGAACUCCUACUUCAUGGAUGUUAAAUGCACAGGCUGCUACAGGAUCACCACCAUCUUCAGCCAUUCACAGACAGUGGUACCAUGUGCGGGCUGCUCCUUAAUCCUCACCCAACCACAAGGGGGGAAAUGCAGACUCACUCCAGGCUGCGCCUUCAGACGGAAAUAGCCUCUUACUGAGCAGACGCGACUGAGCAUCCAUGACAGGAAGGAUGGGAAAAGGAUUCCGAGGCUCAAACUCUAUGUUUAUGAUUUAAAUGUGAGAAAAGAGAGAAGAGACAUCGCUUCCAUCUGUAUCUUGAUAAUGUGGUGUAAAACUUAAUUCCCCCUGUGGGGCUGAAUGGGGUAGAGUAGGUUAAGGGAACUAUAUAUACAUUCCAAUGCGCUCAUAUUGAAUUGUAGGUGUAUCAGAAUGAUAUAGCAAAGCACAUGAUGUAGUAUUGAUUAAAAUACUUUUACCAAGAUGAUCAUGUUUCGUGUGUUUGUAAUCAUCAAAAAUGAAAAAACAGUCGGAGGACUCCAGAUUUCUGUAAAACAUUUAUUAGACUGACAUUAGAGGGGGUGGUGAAUGUAAUAUUUAAAAAAAGCCAUAAUCAGAUGUGAGGCGCUGCUCGUGGCCCUGGCACAAGAUGAAACCACGACGACCAUCACAAUCAAAAAAUAAUAAUAAAACAUUUUGAAGAAUUAACUGUCUAGUCUAAUGUGUGUUCUUUGGUCUUGAGAUUUCCCCUAGAAAAAAAAAAAAAAGUGGUGUAAAUGAAACAACCCAGUCCCACCCCCCACCCAUCCAACGGAAAAAAAAUAUCAAACAAUACGACUUACCAACCAUUAUUCUACUAUAUACAAUAAGUAUCCAUGGUUGGCAAAACUUAACCAAGAUUCCAGUGGUUUGGGGUUUAGCUUGCUCAUGUAAUACAACAUAUUGUAAGUGUAGUUAAUAUUGGCUACAUGAUUGCAUGUUGUCGGCGAUGGUGCAGGAGUCGCGAUGAGGAGGUGGUGCUUGAGGAAAGGUCGUUCAUUUCAUGGCAUUGAUUCCCACAUCCCAUGAAUAGAGAUGAAGUAAAGCGAUGCACUGUAAAUACUCUGCAUCUUCCAACAUGUAAGACCAUGUGUCUUGACUUGUUUUAUUUCUGAAUGAAACCUUUCCAUGAGCCCAGCUGUCCAUCUCGCACACAAACAGAUUGACGAGGACGCUGCCGAGACAGACGAGUUGAUUGGAGCCUCCUCAGGAGUUAGAACAUGAUCAAAAACUUCAUGACUUUAGGUCACCACUGGGUGGCACUUCAGGGCCACACUUGUGCAGACUGAGAGAACCCCCCCAGCACCAUCUGUAACCUGUGUAAUAAUAAUAAUCAGACAGAGGCUUUAAUGUAUGUGCAUAUAAAAUGGAAAAAAUGAGCCAGUUUAAGUGGUUGAGUGACCGAAUCUGAGGUUGGUUUGGGUGUUUUAAUUUGCCAGUUCUUUUUUAAACGAGUGGUCAAAAAUAAAAUUUUUGUAAUCGCAGCUGGAGAUAAAAAACAAACAAGUGAUGGUUUAAAAACGACUUCCCAUCCCCCCAAAAAUUAAAGAAGAAAAGUUG